AUGCAGAUCAGGUCCCACAUUCGGGAUGAUCCUCCUGGCAAGCACAUGGCGCCUUACCGGGGAAAUCCGGCUUUAAGGGCCAGAUUACUGGACACUCCACUAUCCCUUGUACCCUAUCCGGGCACGACCCCGCUGGUGUAAAUGGGAAGCCUCCCGAAGGAACAUCCCCGGCUGGCAAUACCAAACCUGUCAGCUAGUCCCCUUCGGUUUAUCAGACUAUGUAUCGUAGCCUUCUUGAGAGAAAAGGUAUCACAGCCCCGCGACUGCCGAUGUUGCGAAGAAGGGCGGCCGGAGAGCACGCAAUGAAUUCUUCGUUGUUCUUAGGUGCGUUGCCUGUUGAACCUGAAUCGUCGCCUGGCUACUGUACUUUCCUUACCUCAUUCUUUAUGACAGCUCGGAUCAGUCUGAGGCUCGACAUGUUAUCUCGCUUAGUCUCUAUUCCGUUAGCAUCUACGGUGGAGGUGAGGAAAUACCUGAGGGCCAACUCUACAUUCGUCGCAAUGUCAUAUCCCUUUCAAUGAAUGGCAAUGCUGUUGAUAGAACGCUCGAUAUGGGUUGAAAAGCUAUGCCAUUUUACCUGUUUUCGGAAAACUGCUCUCGGAAAGAAGACUUCUAUUUUGCGCUUCUAAAGAAUCUAGAGGAGUCCGAUAGAAUCAUCACCCCGCCUAUACCUCUCCGGUAUGAGGAAAAGCACAUCCUGUCCCUUGUGCAAUGGUCACACAAACCAACUGGGUGAAUGGAUUACUCGAACGUCUUAUCUAUAUGCAAGACCUCCGAUGUUGGGAAGUUUGUACAGAGAAGGAUAACGAAAAGAUAGCUCUAGUUAAUAAACCCAAUUUUCUUUCCUACAUAGUGCUGCGGCAGGUGCAUGUUGGUGAGGGGUUUCUUUCUAUCAGAAGCUCCGGGUUAAAGAAAUGACACUGUAUGGUGAUUUAUGCGCUGAGGCAGACCUUACAUAUGAUGGGAAUUUCCGGCUGGUAAGUUUGGUCAAUAACCUCCCCUAAUAUCACGUCCGGAUCCACUUAUCACACGAUCCUACAGGAAGUGGCUGCCAAGGUUACUCUGCAACUGGCUUCUCGCUUUAAACCAAGAGAGGUCAACUGGGCCCUCAGUUUUACUCUCAAAAGACUGGAAGCCCUGUGCUACGAACUAUUGAGGGCCGCAUACGUGAAGUAAUAGCAGAAACGCUCGUUCUCCCCCAUUACGAUGACACUUCGUUUACAGAUACCCUGUAUCAAGAGUUCCUUGGUAUUAUACAUUCACAAGCCGAGAUAGAUGAUCUUUGGCCUAAACUGAUAAGGACUCGGUUUAUCCUUCAACCUCAAACAGUAGUCUAUCAAAUGCCCCCUCGGAGCUUUAUUGUAAGAGCGAUGACAAAUGCAUCGAGCUCGAGCUCUAUACUUAGCUCGCGUCCAAUCAAGACUACACCUGACAAAAUAACGGUCGCAGAAAUUGGCUCCCUGACUACAGCGGUUAGGAAUUGGUAUAAAUCCCGAAAGGUGUCCGGAGGAGCCCCAGCGGAUAUGCCGACUCAGAGUAUGCAAAACCCCGCUCCCUCCCAUCCCACCAGGAAGACCUCGCCCAUAAGUGUGCCCAAGCGGAAAGCGGUCCCACCGUCACUGCCGCCUGCCAGAAACGAACCGAAGCGCCAAGUACCCGCCUCGCCAGUGCCUCCAAGGAGCGCUGGUGCAGCGGCAUCUGAUGAAUUGCUGGUUAUUUCUGCACCUGUUUCAGAGCCACAACGCCUUCCUCCGCUAUGGCAAAAGAGGGUGGUGGUUAAAUGGGGAGGGGCUGGAGCGAACGUUCAGGGUCUAAUAUGAUGUUUUCCGGAGAUGGGUCGUCACCGGCUUCG